AGCAGCGGCAGCGGCGGCGGCGGCGGCGGCGGCAGCAGCGGCGGCGCCUGCAGCCUCCGCGGACGCAGCCCGAGGACUCCAUGAAGUCCGAGCGGCGCCUGCAGCCCAGUCCGGCCGAGCCCUCGCGUUUCUGAUGGAGGUCCCUCAAUGGGACCCACUGAGAAAUGACUCCCUGCCUCCCACCCUCACUCCAGCCGUCCCCCCCUACGUGAAGCUCGGCCUCACCAUCGUGUACACCAUCUUCUACUCGCUCCUCUUCGUGUUCAUCUACGUCCAGCUCUGGUUGGUCUUGCACUACGGGCACAAGCGGUUCAGCUACCAGACUGUCUUCCUCUUCCUCUGCCUCUUCUGGGCCUCCCUGCGGACCAUCCUCUUCUCCUUCUACUUCAAAGACUUCGUCGCGGCCAACUCCCUGAGCCCCUUCGUCUUCUGGCUGCUCUAUUGCUUUCCCGUGUGCCUCCAGUUCUUCACCUUGACCUUGAUGAACCUGUACUUCACGCAGGUGAUUUUCAAAGCAAAAUCAAAAUAUUCUCCAGAAUUACUUAAAUAUCGACUCCCCCUCUACCUGGCUUCCCUCUUCAUCAGCCUUCUUUUCCUGUUGGUAAAUUUAACCUGUGCAGUGCUCGUGAAAACAGAAAAUUGGGAGAGAAAGGUCAUCGUUUCGGUGCGGGUGGCCAUUAACGACACACUCUUUGUUCUCUGCGCCAUCUCACUUUCCAUCUGCCUCUACAAGAUUUCCAAGAUGUCCUUAGCCAAUAUAUACUUGGAAUCUAAGGGCUCAUCUGUGUGUCAAGUGACCACCAUCGGGGUGACAGUUAUCCUGCUUUAUGCAUCCAGAGCCUGUUACAACUUGUUCAUAUUAUCCUUUUCUCACAAUAAGAAUGUCCAUUCCUUUGAUUACGACUGGUACAACGUAUCAGAUCAGGCAAAUCUGAAAAGUCAGCUUGGAGAUGCUGGAUAUGUAGUGUUUGGAGUGGUCCUUUUUGUGUGGGAGCUUCUGCCCACCACCUUAGUCGUUUACUUCUUCCGAGUUAGAAAUCCUACAAAGGACCUAACAAAUCCUGUAAUGGUCCCAAGCCAUGGAUUUAGCCCUAGAUCCUAUUUCUUUGACAACCCUCGAAGAUAUGACAGUGAUGAUGACCUCGCAUGGAACAUCGCCCCUCAAGGGCUUCAGGGAAGCUUUGCUCCAGAUUAUUAUGACUGGGGACAACAAACUAAUAGCUUCAUGGCACAAAUAGGAUCACUGCAACAAGAUUCUACAUUGGAUCCUGACAAAUCCAGCAACGGAUAGCCUCUGUUAACAGUAUUAUAGCAUUUUACUCCAUGGUGAAAAGUUUCAGAAAAACAAACUUGGGGACAGCUGGAUGUUUAGGGCACUGUCACAUGAGAAAUAGGAUUUAACUUUACUUGCUACAGGUUUCUGAUGGCUUCAGUGGGACUAAGCAAUAAUUUAGAUGGAUAAAACUUUAUUUUAGUUAGUACUAAAGAAAUGAGCCUGGCUAUUUCCCUAGGCAUAAUUUAAUUUUUUUUUAUUUGUACUUUUACAGAAGACAUAUUUUAUAUAACUUAAGUGAUAAUGCUAAAGUAUAUUAAGGUUCUCUCCCAAAAAUUUGUUGAUGCAAUGUAUUUUUUAGUUUGCACAGAUAUUUUUAUGUAUAAUUCACUUUAAAAAUAUACAACAUAUAGUUUAAUGUGUCCUGUAUGGCUUGUUAUAGAUGCGUUUCUUAGAUUAUUAAAAUAAUUGAAUUUAAUUAAAAAGAUAUUUGAAAAUAGAUAUCCUUAUUAGAUAUACAAACCCUAUUCAGUGCUUUACAGGAGAACUUCAGAACUUGAUUAACAAUGUCUAAAUAGUUUCCAUUCUCAAAGUUGCAAUUGGAUGGUUUGUUGGAAGACUUCUGGACAAAUGGCUUUUUCCAAGUGUUUUUAAAUCAUGAUAGGUGGUUCUUCAAGGAAGAUUCAGAUUUUCUUUUUAAUUAGGGGGACUUAAAUUUUCCCCUAAAAUUUUUUGUUAUUUUGUUUUUGUUUUUUUGGCAAGGCAAUUGGGAUUAAGCUAGUAGGUAUUAAGUAUCUGAGGCUGGAUUUGAAUUCCUGAUUCAAGGGCUAGUGUUCUAUUCACUGUACCAUUUAGCUGCUCCAUUUUUUUUUUUUUUUUGGCCUUUAAUAAGGCAAAAUGUGCACACAUUAAAUGAGAACAAGUUCAAACUGACAUUGGAUAUGCUAACUUAGUUAGAAUCUGUAACUUUCUACUCUGUAAUAAGAGUUUUUAUAAAAUUUUCAUCCAAUUUAGAAUCUAACAUCAAUAAAUUCAGUACUUGAGCCUCUGAAAACUCUUCCACAUAGCUAAUGCUUUUUAAAAAUUCAAUUAGAUGCUAUACAUUUCUUAAAUAGAAUUUACAACAUCCCUAUUACUGGAGCUGACACCAAGGUCCAAUUUACAUUGGUUCUCCAAAUAGCUUUUAUUCCAUCUUAGAUCAAUUGGAAAAUAUUAAUUUAUUUGGAUUGAUUUUGCAACAACAUAAUGAAACACGAUUGUCUAAAAGGUAAGUAGAGUUAUAUAUGGUACAAUGUGACACACAUGCCUCAUAGCAAGGUACACCUUCUAGAGAAUUACGUAUCUCCUAGAUAGAAAAAUAUGCAGCAAAACCAGCUUCAUUUGGAAGAUGCUGCUAAUGUUACACACUCCUUUCAUGGUUUUUUUCAUUGCCAAAAAAACAUCCCUAGAGAAUGUUAGACUGUCAGGCACAUAUCUUGCCAAAAGAUUAAAUGGGCAGGUUUUCUACAGAGCUAAGAGCCAGAGAAAAUUCAGAUGUCAUAUAAAAAGAUGUCUCAUUCUUACUUAGCAUAUCUCAAGUUUCGGGCAAUAAAAUGAGCAAAAUGGAAAGAAAUCUUAACUUUUGUUGGGUAAAUCCCACCUGUAAUACAAAACUGCUCGAUGAUCUAUGGUUUAUAAUUUUAUUCUCCCCUGCUUAGUAACCCAGAUAAUUUAAACCUCUCUUGAUGCUAUGUAAAGUAAGGUUUCCAUUUAACUGAGGCAAAGGGGUCAAACUAUGUCAUGAUGGGGAUUUCUCAUACAACUUGGAUUUCUUUACCUUAUCUAUUGCAAUAUAGUUAUGACUGACUUAGAGAUUCUAAACUGAUAAGGAAACCUCCACUGAUUACCUCUAUUUUAAAAAUUAUUUCAGAUGAUAAGAGAUCACAAUCUUAAUUUUCCAAAUAGCCUUAAGACUGACCUGUCACUGUUUCUUUGUCUUUGAAGCCAGUUACAGAUUCUCCAUAGCUGAAAACUUCCAGUAAAAAGAUCUCUGGACUUCUUUGUUUCUUCUGUAAGAUGAAGGAUGGGGAGGAGUAACUGGCAAAUAUAAACUAAAAGUCUCUACCAGCUCUCACCCCUUGGGGUUUGAAAAGGGCUCCUUUUAAUUGAGUUUUCAUAGGCUCUGUAGAAUACUUUCUUGUCAUUAGGACAACUAAAUAUAUUAAGUCAAAUUGGAUCUGUGAUCUCACUGCUGUGACUGAUACAGAUUGCAACUCAUUCAUGCCUGCCCAUUCUGUAAAACUCCUGUUCAUGGCCUUCCAUAAGUCUGUCAGAGAGGGUCCACUCAUUAUGCCGGACCUUCCUCACAUUCUGCUGGUAUCAUAGGAUACCAUGAAGUUCAUGGACUAUCACUUAUCACACUUAUCAGCAGGCCACCUGUUCUGAUCAAGGUAUCCUUGGUAUGGUAUCCUUUGCUCCAGAGUAAAUAGAUUUAAAAUAUUUUAAUAUGAAAAAUCAUCCCAUUAUAUUAUUAAAAUCAAGUAAUGAUCACAGUCUUAUGCUAUAAGUUAGGAACAUUGCUUAUACUUUUAUGAUUUUUAGGCAGAGAAAUCUAAAAUGCUGGUUAUGUCACCAUCGCAAGCCAUAAUUUACCUUUAUAUUAAAGCUGCUAAUAUUACAUGAAGAUGAAUUGGGGAAGAAGGGGAUAUGGAUGCGCUUAGUGUCUACUUAAUAUACUUUGUGUCUUUUGUUUUUGUAGUAAUGUCAAAACAAUGACAAAACCCAAGUCUUGUAAAUGCAUACUUGCAUAUGAAAUGUCUUAACGUGGAAUUUGUACUUGAAUGUACUAAAAUGCAUUCUUUCUCUGCUAGUAAAUAAGUGUGCAUACAUUUUUGAAAGAUAGAGGGAUGGGAGAGAAAAUGAAGGUUUCAUUUAGCUUCUUAAUUUAUUUUUGACUAUUAACUAUAAUGAUGAAGCUGCUUAGUCUGCGAAGUCCUUAAAAAUACUAAGGAAAUAAAAAGAAUAAUUACCACUGGCUCUAAAAUAUUCUUACAAGCUAUAUUUGUUUUCUUUGUGUUAAAGCAAUAUAAAACAAACUCAAAAAAUUAAAAAGUAAAGGCAGUGGAUAUUUUAAUAAAAGUUCUGAGCCAACACAUAUCCAAACCUAAUACAAUACCAAAAGGAUAUACUGACAAAUGCUGGUUUUAUAUUAGCACAUAGAACAUAAUUCACUUAACCAUUAAAAAAUAUUUAUACAGACAUAACAGCUUUCUUUUUGUAAUUAACCUCAUAAGAAUUUGUUGUACCAGUGUGGCAAAUUUUUACUAUGGCAUUUUAUAGACAGCCCAUUUAAAUGGGUCAGUUUAGAAAUAGACACAUGAAAUCAGUGUUUAACACAGGCCAUAUGCCAUAACAGACAGCAUGGACACAUGUUAUAUUUGCAUGAAUGAAUUUAGGUAUUGCUAAUUACCUAGUACUUAGCACAAUACCUGGCACAUUUUAUGUGCUUACUAAAUGAUUGUUGACUGAUUUAUUGGAGUUGGGAUAUAUUUAAUAUCUAUGAUGGCUAUCAAAAUUAACUUCUUUGAUCAGUUAUUUAUGAGAAUAGGAUCAAUUCAAAAAACUUCAUCUUACAUUUAAAUUAAGUUUCCAGAAAUUGCAAAUGUCAAAUAUUAAAAGUUACCCAUUAUAAAGGUUUAAAAAAAACCCAAGCAUUCCCCUAAGAGUUAUCACAAAGGAGUGCUGCAGGAAAUACAAUCUAAUUUCUGACAAUAAGGUCAAAUUUAUUUUAAAUUUAUAAGGGUCUAUGUAUUUGAAGUUAUAUCAAGAAUGCCAAUAAAAGAUACUUGAUAAAAGCCCUGUACAUAUUGUUCUUUCUUGCUAAACCACAAGAAAAUACAAAUUCUGCAAGAGAUACAACCUGAGAAACAAAUAUAUUUGCAUUACAUUCUUCCAGUGUUUGUUUCUACAUCAUAACUGAAAAAUAAUAUGGAGUUAGAAAAAAUAAUACAAUGAAGACAACAUUUCAUUUAUACUGUUUGGGACAGUGGGGCUCAUGUAAGUACAAAUCAGUUUUGUUUCUUUGGUCUGGAAAAAUGAAACUUGAAAAAGAAUAUGAUGCACUUAUAUGAGGUAUGGUAGUAUCCAUAUUUAUGAGAUUAUAGAUCAAGCAAAGUACUGAUCCCUUCACCUUUCCUAUCUCAUAAACUUCUUUACUUUUUCAUUAAGAACUCAUGUUCUACCUUCUACCUGAAGUCUUUCCUGAUCCCCUCAGUUGUUUGUGCUUUCAUUCUAAAACAAUUUAAUAUGUAUUUUAUAUUUGCACAUAUUUAUAUAGUUUCCUCUAAAGAAUGUAAGGUUGUUUUUAUUUUUAAAGCAGGGACUGCAGAGUAGUUGGCAUAUAGCAAGUAUUUAAAUGUUUAUAUAUCUAAAAAUAUCCAUAAAACAAAGACUGAUAAACUUACACACUAAACAAAAUCAGUUUCUUCCCUCUCCGUGAAUUUUAAAAUUUUGUCUUCAUUUUGAGAUCCAUUUCUGCCUGAUCUUUGCAAUAAUCCUAGUUCCAGACACAAGGAGGGAGCCUGUUAGGAACAUAGCCUCAAAAAAAGAUUUAACAGAUCAGGGAUUUAGACUUGGAAGGAAGGUUAGAGUCCAUUUAGUCCAACUCAUUUUAAAGACAAGAAAACGGGCCCAGCUAGGUUGUGGCCUUCCAAGGGGCCUGAGAAAUGGAAUUGAAUCCUCUAGCCCCAGACCCAGCAUCCUUUCUAUUUAAAAAAAAAUACAAAAGUCCAAAACAGUCAAAUAAUCCUUUGCCUCUUUACCAUGAAGCAGGAUGUGUUUCAUCAUCUAUUUAAGACGACUUUUAUGAAUUUUUAUAAGUCGACUUGGUAGCGUCUUCUUUUCUGGUAUCAGAGAAGAACACAUGCUUUGGAAUUUAGAUGACCUGGAUUUAGAGCUGAAUUGUGCUCCUUAUUCUGCUGUUCAGAAUCCCAUCAGACUCUGAUUUCAUUUGGGGUUUUCUUAGCAAAGAUACUAGGGUAUUGCCAACUCAUUGACAGAUAAGGAAAUGGAGGUAAACAGGGUUCAGUGACUUGCCUGGGGUCAUGUAGCUAGACUAGAAAGCAUCUGAAGAUGAUUCUUCCUGCCAUUUAGGCUUAGGACACUAGCUGCCCACCUAUUGCUUCUAACACUAGUCAAAGUACUGUUUCCCUAGGUCUGUAAAAUGAGAAGGUUCCAGCUUAACUGUUUAUGAUUUUCUGCUAUUACUGAACAUUGCCCAGGACCAGGAAUCUUCAUUAACCUAGCAGUACAAAAUGAAGUACUCACUCCAUAAUUUGUUGAACCUAUUAUCAGCACUUGUGUCCAAGUUCUUUUUUUUUUUUUAGUUUCACUGAAGCUUUUUUAUGGAUUUAGAUGGUACUUAAUCUUCUAAUGCUAACCAUGCUAAGCAGAUAUAGUAUUCUUGGGCCAAUCUGUUCCCUUCUAUGCAUACUCCAAGCCAGAUUUUUCCAUUUGAAUCUACUUAUUUACCUACUUUAUUUGAAAACUCUAUAGACUAAUAUUGAGUAGAUAAGCCCAGAAUUUAUCCUCUCCAGCUAGCAGAACCCUUGAUGUCACACUGCUCAUCUCUUGCUAUUUACCUGAUCUUAUAACCUCUACUUCUCACAUGCCCGUCUGAGUCCUGAUGAUAUCCAAAGUUCUACUAUCUAGAAUCCAAACCUUAACUUCUAUGGGUCGCCCUUGCCCUAAGACUUACCUCUUAAGAGUUCACAUGAGACAACUUUGGGCCAAGAACCUGUAUUAUUUUCCUUUGGAACAUAAAUCUGCAAAAUUUGCUA